AUGGGAUCUUUCAAUCAUCGAACUGUUUUGUUCGUUUUCGGCUGUAUGAUUUUGUUGUGUCAAAACAUUGUUGAAGUGUCUUCUCUGAAAUGUAAAUGUGAAAUAUGCAAAGGAACAAAUAACACAUGUGAAACUCAAGGAUACUGCUUCACAGCUGCUUUCUUCAAAGGAGGAGUCAUUCAGUAUAACUACAGAUGCUACGAGGAUGCUAUCGAGAUUUUUAAAAUUGCGAAUCGAACCAAACACUAUUGUAACGAAAGCUUAGCUGAUGUGCCUAAUAAUCCAGACUAUUCUGCCAUGUCAACAGCGUGUUGUAAUAACAGAGAUUACUGUAAUGACAUUACCCUUGAAUUGCCGCCUCUCGCAGCAGAACCGAAAUCGGCUUAUUUAACGACAAUAGAAAUGGCCGCCACGAUUUUUCUUCCGGUGUUGGCCAUUUGUGCCAUCGUUGGGGGUGUUUAUUUCUACCAUACUUCGCACCGUAAAAGAAGCAAGCACAAACCUUUGCCACCUGUGGAGGAUGUUUCUGACGCACCAAAUCAUCCGAUAUUGAACAAGGGGGUUAGCUUGAAACAUAUGAUCGAGAUGACUACCAGUGGAAGUGGAUCAGGUCUGCCCCUUCUGGUCCAAAGAAGCAUAGCCCGCCAAAUCCAGUUGGUCGAGAUCAUAGGACAAGGUAGAUUCGGUGAGGUGUGGCGAGGCCGUUGGAGGGGCGAGAACGUCGCCGUCAAGAUAUUCAGCUCGCGAGAGGAGAGGUCCUGGUUCAGGGAGGCAGAGAUAUACCAGACAGUUAUGUUGAGACACGACAACAUACUUGGAUUCAUCGCAGCGGAUAAUAAAGAUAAUGGAACCUGGACACAGCUGUGGUUGAUAACAGAUUACCAUGAACGUGGGUCUCUAUUUGACUUUCUCGGAAGGAAUACUUUGGACACCAAUGGAAUGAUUCAUAUGGCGUUAUCUAUUGCCACAGGCCUAGCACAUUUACACAUGGACAUCAUGGGUACACAAGGUAAACCUGCCAUCGCUCAUCGAGACCUCAAAUCCAAGAAUAUUCUGGUGAAGCUAAAUGGCUCGUGUGCCAUCGGCGACUUAGGACUAGCUGUUCGUCAUGACGUCACAACAGACACAGUGGACAUACCUCUAAAUAAUCGUGUAGGAACAAAACGUUACAUGGCUCCCGAAGUGCUAGAUGAGACAAUGAACAUCGAUCAAUUCGAUUCAUUUAAACGUGCCGACGUCUACGCUUUGGGGCUGAUAUUCUGGGAGAUAUCCAGGCGGUGUAAUGUAGGUGGGAUUUUCGAUGAAUACCAGUUGCCGUUUCAUGAUGCGGUGUUAUCUGAUCCUACCAUUGAGGAGAUGAGGAGGGUUGUAUGUGUUGAAAAACAGAGACCAAGUAUACCAAAUCGCUGGCAAAGUUGUGAAGCUCUUCACAUUAUGUCAAAGCUGAUGAAGGAAUGUUGGUAUCAUAAUGCCACUGCUAGACUAACAGCUUUGAGGAUCAAAAAGACACUAUUGACUUACCCUGUAUAUUUUGUAAUGCAGUUGGAUUGA